UACAAUCGAACAGCUGAUUUGCAGACAUGCGCAAUCAUGCGCCUAACUAACGGUACUCCAUGCGCACUCCGCCGUAAAUGGAGAAAGUGCUUUCCUUUCGCGUCAUACAGCAUUUGUCGCAUCCAACGGCAAGUGCAGCGCACUUUUCCACGGAGAAAGCAGAAGGAAAGUACGAAGAAACUGUGGAGGAACAGCAGGAAAAACCACAAGUGGUGGCUGCUAACCGUUGCCAAGCAUUAUGGAUGUUAUAUUCCCCCGGAAAAAUGGCGCUAAUUGAGUUCUUGUUGUUGUUAUUACCAAUGAUGGCGUGCAAGGGUGAAGCAACAACAACAGCUAAGCAAACUGAAGCCUGAAGCAGCAGCAACAACAACAACAACACACUCACACCAGCAAGGAAAUAUUUGCCCAACACACACACACUCGCCCGCAAAAAAAGAGAGAGUGUUAGAAAGAGAGUGCGGCAAUAUGGAGGACCUCUUUUUACUGAUUAUUAAGGAGUCAACGGGAACUAAACACAAUGCGCUGCGACAAACGGCGCAAAUCGCUUACGAUAAACUCUAUCGCCAGCAUGGAAUUCACCGGGAUCCGUCGCAUGAGCUGCGCUCCGUUUGCUUUACCGCCCUGCAGAUGGCGCUGGACACAAAGCGGCCUAAGUUCAUCACGAUGGGACUCAAUGGCCUCCAUCGCGUCAUCAAGGACGAACGCUUCUACAUCGGCCUUGAGCCGGAGGACGACUCCGUGUGGCUACCAUCGCAGCUGUUGAGGGCCACCAAUGGCAUCCUCCCGUCGACGAGCAGCGAGGACACGGUGGUCAAUGUGUUACGGCUCUUCCUGGCGAUGGCCUGCUCGCCCGCCUGCACUUUAAACGGCCGCCUGCUCAUCGAAAUUCUGUCCAGAUGCGGCGAGUGCUGGGAGAUGGGUUCGCGAGCCACUAAAGCGGCGUCAUUGGCCGCCGCCUCCCAAUGCCUGCGUACCUUCUGCGCCUUUCUCAUUGAGGAGGCAGAGGAGGUCAAGAAGACAGCGCCCGCCGGCCUGAUGACACAGACGCAGGCCUCCGCCGUCUACAACGAGGUCAUACCCGUGAUGCAGUGGCUCUGCAGCCGCCUGGUGGAGCCCAAUGUGAAUGCCUCGCCGAACAAGAAGUGCGAGAACCACAGCUCACUGUAUCUAACCGAGUGCAUCCUCACGUUAAGCUCGGCCCUGCCCCGAAAUGUCCAUGCCAAUCCGCACUUCACCUCGUUUCUCUGGCAGAAGUUCUGCCCAACAUUGGCGGCGGCACUUGGAUCACCCGGCAGGAUCAACCUGGACAAGAAGUUCACCUACAAGGACGCCCUGCACAUGAUAGAGAACGAGGCUCGUGGCUUCUUUACGGGUCCGGGUUUGGAUGGUCCGCAGGCCCGUUGUGUCUAUUUGACCGCCAUUCAGCUACUUCGGAUUGCCGGUGCCCAUGGUUCACUGCGUCCCAUGCUGGAGGCCCUGUUCCAUCGGAUGCUCCUGCUGCCGGCUCCCCAAAAUCGCACAGAGCCCCUUCGAUGCGUACGGGAGAUUUUCAAGAGCCCGGAGCGACUGAUCGACCUGGCGGUGAUCUUAUAUGUAGACAAAAACACCGCCCAGGGGUGCAGCGAUGAGAUGGCGUUAUUCCGGCUGUUGGUCGAUGCCAUGGAGGAGUGUGCCUAUGGAGCAAGCGGCGUUGGUUCGGCCACGGAGGCCAGCCUGCAGGCGAGCGUGGAGUGCAUGGUGGCCCUGCUGGAUAGCCUGCAAGUGCUUUGCAGUGGAGAGCUCACUGAGUCCAUGAUCAGCGAUCAGAUCGUGCAGGUGGUCAACGGACGGCAUGAUCUGCUCAAGGACGCCGACUACUCCGGCCCACUGACCUAUCAGAGCAUGGCCCGUCUGCCGGCUCCCUAUCGCGAUGCCAUUGUGGAGUUCCGGCAGAACGUCUUCGAGACCUCGUCGGGAUCGGAGAGCGAGGGUGAGCCGCCGCACGAACAGGAUGCGGCCUCCAAUGGCUCUGGAGACACCGAAGGCCCCGAGGACGACGAUCCAAGCAGCUCCAGCGAUGAAACAUCUCGUGUGGAGAACCGCUGGCCAUAUUCUCACCUGGAGGCCCCCGUAAUGCCAAUACGAACCGAUAGCGAUAAUGAUCGCCAACAUGCUCGCGAUUUUGCACGGGCUUUGAGGCAGGAUCUGGUGCCGAAACUCCUCCGGCUGCGCAGCUGCGUGGAACUGGACGAGGCGAUGCAGGAGUUUGCCUCGGCCGUUUGCCAGGAGAACAGCAUGAACUUCUCGGACUUUGAUUACAACCUAACCGCCAUUAAUGCGGACGGGAUCUAUCUGGCCAUCUACUCCUCGCUGCUGCUCAGCCUGCAGCUGAUGCGGGCCGGCUACUACGAGCAGGUGGCCCAGGGUAUUUCCCACAAGGACAUCCUGGUGCCCAUGUCGGAGCAGCAGUUUGUGACCUCGGUGCAGAACACUGGUGUCCUCGUCUAUCUCUCCUCGCCGUGGCUGUGCGAGCUCUACCAAUCGGUGACCGUGUGCAACGUCCUGGAGGCCAUGCCCCGUCAGCAGCUGGAGGGGAUGGGGCCGCGUUGCGCCCUCGUCGAUAUGCUGUGCGAUGCUGGAGGAUUGGGUGCCACUCAGAUGCUAUCCGAGUGGCAGCGCCUGCAGACGGCCAAUGUGAAGCACAAGGAGGAGGAGCAGCUCCAUGACAAGCGCAGAGAGGCGGCCAAGAAGCUGUGCCGCCGAUUGCUCACCUGCUGCUGGGACUCGAUGGUCAUCGUGCUGAGCUCUGGGCUGGGCGAUCUGCAGACCAGUUCCGCAUCCAACAAACUGGUGGCGUUGUCCAAGCGAACACUAAGGGUGAAGGCCAAGGCGAAUAAAUCGAAUGGAGAGGCCCUUUAUGCCAUGUGUCUGGACGGUUUGCACUCGGCCGCCACGCUCAGCAAUAGUUUGAAUCUGCAGCAUUUGGCCGGGAAGAUACUUAACCUGCUGGCCUCCAAUGUCUGCCAGACCUCCGGGCCGCGAAUCUCCGCCAGCCAGGCCAUGUCCAUGGACGUGGUGCUCACCGGCGGCCUGAAUCUGGGCAGCUACAGUGCUGACUGCUGGCCGAGCAUCUUCGCCGUUUGCCGGCAUGUUAGCCAGCUGGAGCACGAGAUUUUUAGCAUGCAGAACCCUUCGAUUUCCGCAUCGCCCGGCAGCAGUCGCCGGGACUUGGAGACGGGCGAGAAGCUGAGCAACGGCAAUGCCCAGGACAAGCUCAACUUAUCCUCCAUACCUAUCGAUGAUGAUGAGACGUGUGUGGAUGUGUACAGCUUCCUGCAGGCACCGAUGCAGAGUCCCAACACGAACAUCACCUCCAUUUUGAAGGUUUACUCGGGAACGAAUGAGACGGUGCUGCUCAGUCAGAGCGACACUUCCAAAGUGCUCUGCGCCCUGUCUCACCAGGCGGAGAACCUCUUUGGAGACGCAGCCGAAAGGCUCAGUUUGCCCUCCUUGUGCCAGUUCCUCAAGCAUUUGUGCCGCGCCUCCAGGGAGCAAUUAUACAAGAGUCAGGUGGCUCGCAAGGGCAGUCGCAUCUGGUGGCCCAGCAAGGGUUGGAAGAAGCUGGACUCGCUGCCCAUGUCCCUGCUCCUCCAUAGGAUUGGAGAUGUCACGCUCAAGGUGUUUCGAAGCUCGCGUCCACUGUUGCACGUUCUCAAGGUCUGGGCUAUCACAGGACCGCAUCUGAUGGAUGCCGCUUGCCACCGGGACCGGAUGAUCUCGAAGCGGGCGAUCGAGUAUAUCCACGACAUCAUCACGGCGCUUUUGGUGGAGCAGUCGGAGCUGCCGUACUUCCACUUCAAUGAGGCGCUGCUGAAGCCGUUCGAGAAUCUGCUGAGCAUGGACACGGAUGUGGAUGUGCAGGAUCAGAUCGUGGCCUGCCUCUACGAGGUGGUGGAGGCGCACCGCACUGAGAUCCGCUCCGGAUGGCGACCCCUCUUCGGAACCCUACGGAAUGCCCGCAGUCGGAUGCUGAACAUGAGCAACAUCAUCGACAUCUUCCGGGUGUUCCUCGACUCGGACAACACGCUGGUGUUUGCCAACGCAGGAUUGGAUUGCAUUCUGUGCUUGCUCUCCUACCUGGAGAUCUCUGGUGGAGGGAAUAACAAUUCCUGUUCCGGCGGAAGUGGAACUGCAGCGGGAGGAACUGGAUCAAAUGGUGGCCAACAGGAGGAAGACAACACCUUCCGGCCCACGGACUUUCUCCAUGAGACCCUUCGCUUCCUGGAGCGCUGUUCCAGCAUUUUGGGCUUCAUGCACAGCAUGCCCAAGUGUCCCAAUUUCCAUUCGACGUACAAGAUCAAGGGCAUCUCCUACACGCACAUCAUCGAUGCGAAUAUACCCAGUUCGAUGGAGAACUUUACGUAUUUCGGUAAUGACUAUCUGCAGACGCGGAAUGAGCAAUACAUGAUAUCCUACAGAUCAUUGCAUAUUGACAAGGACACCAUUGUCAAGAUCGAUGAGAUGGACAAGCCGUCGGGUGUGCUCAAAGUGUGGUUCCUGCUGCUUGAUGGACUUACCAACUCGCUGAUCGUCUGUCCCUACUCCCACCAGGCUCCCAUCCUGCAGACGAUCUUCAAGCUGUUCAAAAACCUGCUGGCCAGUCCGGGCAUCGAUUUCGGUUUCUACUGCAUCAAUCAUCUGCUGGUGCCCAUGAUCCAGGACUGGCUGCGGUACAUCAACAAGACGGGCUCCUCCUGGCAGCUGGUGGAGAAGAACUUCAAGCACUGCUGCUGCAUGACCACCGAUCUGGUGGUGGAGUUCAUCGAAAAGUCGGUGCCUGAGCAGCGGCGCCUGGGAGCGGGCACAAAGACACGAUUGGCGCAGAUAGUUCACCCGGCGGACAACCUGCUGUACUCCAAACUAAAGUUUGUAACGGAGAGAAUUGAAAGGGAGCAGCAGCAGCAGUCACAACCUGUUCAGGAUCAAGGAUGUGGUUAUAACCAGCAGUACGACAGCAGUUCUAGCUCCGCCAGCGAGGAGCAGCAGAAGAACGGAGGUGGCGGAGUAGGAGGAGGAGGCGGAUCGAACCUUAUAGAAUCACCCACCAAGAUCUCGGGUUCGGCAACGCUGGCUUUGAAACAGUUGCUCCUCGUCCUAAUCGAAUGUGCUGCCCAGUCACAGGAGGCGAUUGCCAGGAUCUCGGUGUCCUGCCUCAAACACGUGAUCCUCUCCACCGGCAUGCUCUUUAACGAGUCCCAGUGGAUGAUCGCCUGCUCGGCCAUCCAUCGCGCCUGCACCGUAACGAUUGCUCCACUGCGUCAGCUUUCGUUUGCUUUCCACGAGAAAUCCAAUAGUUUCUACGGGGAUUGCGCCAACGUAAAGGUGGCUGCCCGACGUGACAGCAGUCUGGAGGAACUGGCCAGGAUCUAUGCGCUGGCACAGCAAGUCUUCCUGUCGGACAAUCAGCGGGAACCGGGACAGAAUCAGGCUCCCACGCCCAGUGCCGCGCAGUGCAAAUUAUCCGACGACAGGAGCUACUCUUUCCUCCUGUAUCCACUUAACAAUGGCUUCAACUCGAACCUGGAUAACUUUGUGAUCCGGAUUCCAUUCAAGAACCUGGUUGUGGGCCUGCUGGCCAACCAGAUGCUGCUUCAACUAGUGGCCAAGUUGCUGCUGUCGCGAUUAAAGUGUGUGCCACAGGCGGUGUCCACCUGCAUCUUCGACAAUUAUGCCGCUUCAGCGGCUUCACCCAGUCACGACUACGACCUGGACUUCCGCUCCAAGGAGAUCCUGCUGCGCUGCGUCAAGCAGUACCUGAUGUCGGCCCUGGAGUUUGAUUCGCGACCGGGUCUCAAGUUCCUCAUGCAGAAGGUGUCGAACAUUGAGUACGCGGCCAAUCUGUACAAGCAGAUGACCUCCUCGUGGAUGAUCUACUACAUUGCGCUGGUGGACUCGCAUCUCAACGAUAUAGUGGUCUACAAUUUGGGGCCGGAGGACCUCAACUUUAUACUGGAGUCCUGCUCCCGACUGAAUACCACUACUGUGAAGAAGAAGGAGAACUUUGUGAGGUAUCUGUUCUGCCUGCAGGAUGCCUGGAAUCUGGUAUGUGAACUCUACUUGAGCAACUCUGCCCUGCAUGAAAUCGAGAGUGGUUCGGGUAAACUGCGGCAGAAGCCACCACAGCUGCACCACCAUCCGCAGAGCAAGCCCAUGUGCAUCUCCUUGAACGGAAAUGGAGAUGCCGAGAUGACGGAUACAGGCUCGGGUUCCGGUUCCGGAUCUGGCAAUAGCACCUCGCCCAGCAAGUGCGUUCAGCUGCAGGAGGAGGAGAACGUGACCAUGACCACGUUGAUCAGUGAGUUCCAGCCCAAGUGCCGCAGCAAUCCGUUUGACACCAAUCGCCAGGCCAAGUCCUCGGAGGCGGAGUCCAUCUCGCCGGAAAUCGAACAGCAGCGAGCCAGCAGCAUCCUCAAGGACUCCAAUUACAAGAGGGCUGCCCUCGCUCAGCUAGUGGUGGCCUCUAUGGAGCUACUGCGCUCGCUGCCAGGCGAGGCUGAGGAGAACCUCAAGCUCCUGAUGACACCGACCAUUCGCGAGGCCUUCCGUCUUGUCCAGCUGCAGGGCAACGAGCUGAAGGUCAACCAGUUUUAGGCCAUGCUUGUUGAGUUUUAUUUUGAUCUGUAGGCGCAGCCCCUGCCCCUACCAAAGGAUCCCCUCCUUCCAGAAGUCCUCCAAAAGUAAUCCUCCUCCCGCUCCCGAAUGGCUAAUUUACAGCUACGUCUGCAUCUCAUGCUCUCUCUGUCUCACUCUCUAUAUCUGUCUCUCUCUGUCAGUGGAGUGUUAUUGCUUCAGUGCGGCCAACAACAUAUCGAAGGGUCUAGUCUAGAAUCUAGACUAUACACCCAAUAACUAUAUAUUUAUGGUGCCUCACAGUAUUUCCUUUAAUCAAACUUCAUAAAUUACCUGUAACUUGUGAUCUUCGAUUGUUUCAAUCGCAAACUUGUCAGUAUUAUCUUCUAGAUCGAUUUUAAGUGCAAUGUUCCGUUAAUGUAUUAUUUGUAUACUAAUGGAGCAGGUAUUACAAUAGAAUCAGAUAACAAGAUACCGCUUAGUAGCUUGUCAGUUCUUUAUUCUUCUUGAACUUUACCAUCGAGAAGUUUUUUCUUAAAUUAAUGUUAAUCCUAUUUUAAAGUUUUAAGCAUGCAUGCCUUACAUGCAACGUUGGUCACACUGAUCGCAUACUCUCCAUUUGUCCCUAUCUCUCUCUCGCCCGCAGUUCCCAGCACAGCAGGCAAAACCAUUUCAAAGUAAAAGCUCAACAUGCCAGCACAAAAAAGCAAAACUAUCGAAAGUACAACAGUGUCGAUGCAUUGCAAGGAUAUCAGAUAUAUAGGAUAUCAUAUUGCGAUUAGAGGAUGAACAUGACGAAGAAGCGUAGACAACGUAGUCCUGUACAUUAAAUUUAGUCAAGACUUUCUCACACUUAGCCCCUGCACCGCCCUCAGUCCCCGCUCCCACUUCUUCCUUCUAGCUCCCGCCCAGACAACACUCCCCCUCCCAGCACUUUUCGACUUCUUAUAUUGUAAAGAUGUAUCAGCGAGCACCUGUCCCGCCCUAAAAAUCAGUAAAUUAUAUAUAAAUAUAUAUGUAUACAUAUAUUAAGAGUGUAACCUAUGUAAACUUAUAGCGAAUGUUAACUAACACAAAAUCAGUGCCGCCCAUUAAUCCACGAUUACCACCAUUAAAUAUUAGAUCACACAAGCAUACACAUAGAGCCUAUACUAAAAACAUAUGUGUGUCCAAGUAGUCCCGCGCUGCCUUUAAAAAAUACUUGCAUACUUUUGUACCAGUGUGCGUACCUAAGAGAAAAAUAUUUAAAUUAUCGAAAGCAACAUAACCGAACAAAUUCUAGCCACCUUGCUGCACUAUCAAAUCAAAGCUUACUAGCCUAUAUUUUCAACCCCUCCCACACACACAUACCACAUAAUAUCAGGGUUCAGAUCAGAAAAUGGGUAGUACAGAUAUGAGAGCCCUAGGUUUUUGCUCCUGUCUCUGACCCACCAUCGAUUUGUCCUGCGCCCAGCUAAUAGCGAUACCGAUACCGAUACCUACAUUAUACAAACAGCUACGUACAGUUAUAUGCCUAUAAAAAAGAUCUAAAGAGUUAUAUAUAUUGAUAUACAUAAAUGUACUUAUAUGUAUUAUAGUUGCCACUUGGGUAUAAAUGUUGUAAAUGUCUAACAAAGGAAACAUUUUUAUAUGUGAAAACUAUUAGCAACAGCGCUACAAAUCUAUACAUAAACUAUAAAUAUAAAUAUAAAUAUAUACACAUAUACAUUUAUUUUCGCUUUGUCGUAUACAGUAUAUACAUCUACGUACAUAUAUAUAAUGUAUAGAGAACUAUGUACUUGUGUUAUUUACUUGCCCAUCUCAACUCUCUCAAUCUAUCUCUUUCUAAUGACUUGUAAGUGUAAGUGCGAAGAGUGCAGUUGCAGAGGCCCGCAGAAAGUGUAGAAGAAAAGACCGCGAUCGCGCUAGGCUAGUACUAAAACUCUCCAAGAGUGCAUUUGUAACAUGAAUGAAUAAACGAUUCCACAACGCUUUCGCAACUUUACUAAACAAUUGCAA